AUGAGGCAACACCCAGAGGUGACUUGGACGAACCUAGAGAUCCUAUGGAUGUUGAUGGAGUUUGGGACAUUGAUGAUGGAGUACCUUGCAACAAUGACAAUCAAGAAGGCCCACAAAGACCCCCACAAAGACCAGAUCAAAAUCAUGUUCCAGGACAUCCAAGCACAGCAAGAGGCUCAGGGCCUAGACCUGUGGGCACCAUUUGCAGACAAGGAAGAGUGGGGGACAAAGACUAGCCACAUGAAGACCUCAUUUACAAGCAAAUAUUUGCUGCUAAAAGCCAUUGACAAACUUCCUCAAGCAACCAAAUGGAAACUGAGGAAGAUCAACGUGGUGGGCAAUAGAACUGCCAAUGAUGGGCAGCAUGAGAAGGAGGACCUGGAAUUGUGGUUGCAUGACCUGGUGGACUGCAUUCAUGAGCUGAUGAGCAAUCCAGAGUUUGAUGGUUGCAUGUCAUAUGCACCAGAGAAAGUUUUUGCAGACAAGGAGGGAAAGACAUGCAUGUUUGAUGGCAUGUGGACUGGCGACUGGUGGUGGGAAAUGCAGCAUAGAUUACCCCAAGGGGCAGUUGUUGUGCCCAUGAUCCUGGCCUUGGAUAAAACCUCCCUAUCACAGUUCUGUGGGGAUCAGGAAGUAUGGCCCAUGUACUUGACACUUGGCAACAUCUCUAAAGACAUACACCAUCAGCCAUCAAAGCAUGCAGCCAUCCUAAUCGCCUACUUACCAAUAUCCGAGUUGGAGUACUUCACGCAAGACAUUCAUUCAGUUGAACAUUACCAGUUAUUCCACUACUGCAUGGCACAGGUGCUAGAGCCUUUGGUCAGUGCAGGUGUCCAAAAUGCACUGUCGGAUGUGACAACCACAGAGAUAUGA